AUGCGUCUUACCGACUUCAGCCUUCACCUAGUCCCCCUAGUGCCCCUCUUCCUCUCAGCCGUCCCCACCGCCAACACCCUACAUACGAUCAGCUUCCGCUCCGACACCUGCCACGACAGCCAGAGCUACCUGAUAUACGACUUUGGGAACUUUGACUUCCCCGAGUCGUCACACUGCCAAAACAUCGGGGAAGUGCCAUACGACGAUGUCAUCGAAUGUGGAUACUACACCAACUGGGGAUUCGCAAAGCAAGGAUGCGAAGACAUCGGGGGGUUCAGUUGGAAUGCCCUGUACAUUGGAGAGAAGGGGCAUUGCAGUAUCUAUAUCGGCAUGGACUGCAAAGGCGCGAAGAUUGAUAACAUGAUGCCUGGGUGCUUUCAGGGAGUGGAGGGGGAGAGUUUUAAGUGUGACUGGGUUUGA